AUGUUAUAGAUAUUGGCCUAUAGUUAGAGACAUCAUUUUGAGCACCCUUACCUUUGUGUAUUGCGUUUAAUAUUAGCUGUUUUUCAAGAAGAGGUAUAAUAGCAGAUUCAAAAGUCUUAAAAGUUUUAAAGUUUUCCAUUAGGAAAACACUGCAAUUGGAAAUAAACCCACAUUUAUACGUGAACAACUAGUUCAUGUCUAAUGUCAAUCCAACUGUCACUGUCUCGAUUAAAUGUGAAUAAUAUGAUAGUUUGAAAUAUUUGUGCUAUUGAAUUAUUGCUUAAAAUGUCGGCUGAAAUCGGGAUACGAAAAUGAAAAUGGGCCUUUCCCACUUCAGGAUGUUUUUGUUUUAUUUCACUUAAACUCAGUAACAUGCAAGUCUAUUUGUGUGGAAUUAGGAAAUAUUUUCCUCUCUAAUGGGUAUUGAAAUAUAUUAAAAGUGUACCGUUCUGAGGCACUAUUUGUCUACUCAGUUCAAUAACGAUUAAAAUUAGCCUUUAUAACAUCAUUACAAUUAAUUAAACAGAAUAAAAAUAAUAAAACUUCAAAAUUUAGAAAUUUCUUAAAAAAAGACGAACAUUGUAUAUUAUUCAAAUACAUUUUUACUUUAUUAACAUCGUCAGUUUUCGGUCAAGGUUACUAGCCUAAGGUAACAACGCAUGUAAAAUACUGACUGAAAUCAAGUGCUUGAACGUUGGAACAAAACAUGUUAUAACUUGUCAAGUACAAAUCGGUCGAGAGACUUGCGUAACACUGUUGUUUUGAAAAAAAACUGUUUACGUUCUACGCAUGUAUCUUUCUUGGAAGCUGUUUUAUUUAUAGAAUCAAUGUAAAACUACAUCUUACAUUUGUGUGAUUGGCUCUUUUAUAUAACUAGCAUUACUGUAAAUUUCCAUAUGUAUGCAUGCAGUAUCUAUGUCUGACUUAUCUUCACUUAGUCCAUGGCAUUCGGAAUGUAAAAUGGGUUCCUCGGAGAAGGUAUGGGUAGUUUCUCCGUGUUAAACCUUGAAAGACGUCACCACUUAAUCUAUAAAUACUGAACCAGGAUGCCUGUGAUUACUCUACCUGACCUUACAUCAUGCACAAGUGAUAUUGCUGUACUAGCCUCCGAUCAAUCCAUACCUUGUGCUGCCAUAGGGGAAGGUAAUCUUCUAUUGUCCUGUCUUGAAUAUUUGGUAGAUGCCGGCUUCACUGUUUCAGCUGUCUUCACAGAUACAACAGUCGCCAAAACUUUCUGUGAUGAGAAGCAAAUUCUCCAUUGGAAAAGAGGAGCAGAUAUAGAAAAUGCCUUAAGAGAUAUUCCCAUAGACUAUCUCUUCAGCAUAUCUAACCCUAGGGUUUUGACUGAUUCUGUACUGCAAUUACCUUCAAAAUUUUCAGUCAACUAUCAUGAUUCACCACUGCCCAGAUACGCUGGAAUCCACGCCACAAGCUGGGCAAUCAUCAACGGCGAAUCGGACCACGGGAUAUCCUGGCACAUUAUCGAGACAGGAAUUGAUACUGGAGACAUUCUCCAGUUCAAAGCUGUUAAGAUCAACCCGGACGAUUCGGCAUUCACAUUAAACCUGAAGUGUCAAGAAGCAGCCAAAGCUACCUUCCAAAUUCUCAUCAAGGAGAUUAAACAGGGUUGUGUCAAUCGAACGAAGCAGCUCGCUGCUGGGAGGUCGUAUUACGGUCUGUAUGACAUUCCGCCUAACAUUGGCGUCCUGAGCUUCCAGACGCCGUGUACAAUGAUCUGCAACCUUGGACGGGGACUCGAGUUCGGGAAACAUGAUAAUUCAUUGGGAAGCCCAAAGGUUAUGACAUCAACGGGCGAUUUCGUCCUCAUCACAAACGUCGAAGAGUCGAACUCCCUUUGUGAUACAAAGAGUAAACACCACGGAACUAUCACAGAUAUAGUUGACGACACCUUGGUUGUUACAACGCAAGGGAACUCGGCUUUGCUAUCCAUUACAAAGUUAGACGGAUCAUAUCUGUCACCAUCAAAAUACCGCGAACUUGGGAUGUCUGUUGGUGAAAAGUUAUCAAGUAACUUUGCAGUUGACACACAACGCUUGAUACAAAUAAGAAAAAGGGAAACAUUUUGGAGACGGAAAAUGAAGAUCUAUGAACCAACGACGUUUUUCCGGCAAAGGAUGAAUGUGGUUGCAGAAAUCAUAGAUGUAUCUAGUGCAGUCAAGGUAAAAGCUAUCGUUAUUCCACUGCCCGUCCCUGACAUGAAUGGUUACACCUUCCGCACACACGCACGUGAACUUAUUAUGUCAGCAUUUGUAGCAUUCAUUGGACGAACGACAUGCAACCCGAAUGUAUCCCUUGGUAUCCUUGCAGACAAGUCAGGUAUACCCGAGCUGGCAAGACCAUUAUACUCCGACAUCUGCCCGGGGGUAUUUACCGUCGACCUUCAACAGAAAACAUAUGUCGUCAUGCACGACGUCUAUGAAAUGAUAAAAAAGUACAGAGAAGCACAAUCGUUCCUCGUCGAUAUGUUUUAUAGGUACCAAGACAUUCGUGGACAAAAGCGAACACCUAACCAUAAUAUCGCGAUAGGUAAAAUUGCCAACAACGCCUCUGCAACUGCCCUUGCAAAAGGUGUACUUCAUGACUGCAACAUAUUGCUGUUGUUCAACGAAGACGGAAAUGAGAUGCAUUUGAUGCACAAGGAAAAGAUUGGUCAGGAUUUCAAAUACAUCUAUGAUGUCCUUCAGCACUUCCCAACAUUUCUAAGGAAUACUGCAAACGGCUUGUGUCAGCCUUUGUGCCAGACCAAUCUGGUACCAGAAGAGGAAUUGAAACGGCUUUAUCCACAACUGCCUGAUUUCGUACCACCUUCUGAAAAAGUUGACGACUUUUUCGAAAAACAAUGUAGUACUACUCCAAAUAGCACAGCACUUCGGUCAUCAACUACGUGUUAUACUUACAAAGAAUGUAACGAUUUAGCAAAAAAGAUUUCGUUUCUCCUUGAAGCAAUGAACAAAGAUGAAAGAAUCAUUGGACUCCACCUUCCAAAUUCAAUGGAAUAUGUUGUUUCCAUCCUUGGAGUUUUGAAAACCAAUCGCGCUUUUCUGCCGCUCCCCCUAGACUAUCCUGAAGAGAGGCUGGCUUUCACUCUUCGAGACGCAAGAGUCUACAGCAUGUUAACUACCGUCUCAGUAUGUGACAAUUUGAAGUCUAAAGGGUUUUCAAUGUCGCCGGUAGGAGAAGAUGCUGUGCAGAUCGAUCGUGAUGCAGUCAUACUCGUACAACUAACAAUAAAUGAAAACGGCAUGUUGUCAACGAAAGACUAUGGCAACGCUGAAAACGCUGAUGUACAGAUUGGCAAUGUCCGGAAAGACAAUAUCCGUUAUAGUGAGAUUGAAAUUGCUCAUGCAAGAAACGGAAAAUGCGACAAUGGUGGCUUCCAAAACCAUCAAAUCAAUAAUGGUAAUUCAGAGGCGACAAUUCCGUUGUUAGAUGAGGAUGUCUGUUACGUCAUGUACACAUCAGGUUCCACUGGGAGACCUAAAGGAGUACGAGUUACCCAUUCGGGCGUCAUCAAUCUCGCCAAUGCCCAGAUCAAGAUCUGGGGCAUUCAGGGUAGUGAUGUGAUUGCACAGUUUGCUUCCAUCGGAUUUGACGCAACCAUAUCUGAAAUAUUCACUGCUCUUUUUUCUGGUGCAACACUUGUUACACUAAGCGACAAAGAACGUCUAGGCAAAGAAUUCAUUAAUACGAUGGACAUCCUGGAUGUGAAUACUAUCACACUGCCGCCAUCUGCCCUUAACAUAUACAGUCCAAACGAUCUACCAAAACUGACCAAAGUUGUGACCGCUGGAGAGGCGUGUACGCUACGAACUGCCCUAAAGUGGACUGUCGGUAACAAGGCAACACAAUUCUUCAACGCCUAUGGCCCAACGGAAACAACCGUUUGCGCAACAUGUUAUGAAUUCAAACCUUCCCAUGUUCAUGUUGACGACACUCAAGAUCUGCCCAUUGGUAAGGCCAUACCUGGAAUGUGUGUGUUUCUUUUCGACGACUUUAUGAAACCAGUUCCUCCUGAUGUUGUCGGUGAGAUCUACGCUGGAGGAAUUGGAGUAUCGAAAGGAUACAUUGGUCAUGCAACACACCUUAACCCUGACAGAUUUGUCCAAAAUCCAAUGACAGACAAGACUUGCCUGUUGUACAAGACGGGGGAUCAUGCAUUUCAAUCAAAUGAUGGAAACAUCACUUACAUUGGGAGGUUGGAUGACAUGAUCAAGAUAAGGGGUCAACGUGUUGACCUCAGCGAGAUUGAACAGGUACUUAUCCAACAUACAAAAGUGGAGAUUGCUGUAGCCGUAGCUCAUAGAUGUGCCAACUCAAAUGAGGUCAGCAUAGCAGCGUACGUGGCACCAUCGUUUGUCUACCUGUCGGAGUUACGGGAGUACUUGACUAAAGCUCUUCCAAAAUACAUGAUACCGACAUUUAUAAAGAAAAUUGAAGUGGCCGACUUUCCAAUGACAUUAAACGGCAAAAUUGACAGGAAACGUCUACAAAAAGACGAGUCUGUACACGAUCAAAAGAAACUUGGCGGAGGUAGCCAUCUAAAUAAAACGCAACUCACGAUCGCUAAACUUUGGUGUGCUAUUCUCAAACUCAACGAGUCGAUCAUACACGAUUUUCACCGACAGACAUCCUUCAGUGAACUCGGCGGGACCUCUCUACAGUUGGUGCUCCUUCAGCGUACUUUGGAAAACAAGCUUCACGUUCAGCUGUCGUUCACAGAAAUAGGCAUGGCUGAUACGAUAGAGGAGUUCAGCGAGGUAGUCAAGAGAAAGAAAGACAUGCUCCGAAGAUGUACUCAAAACGAAUCAAGUGAUCCUGGUGACCUUCGCCAGAAAAUAAUACAGGAUUCACUUCUAGACCCAUUGAUCAUACCUCAACAUGCAAGGCGUGGCUCUGUUAAAUUCAGUCACUUCUCAGCGUUUGUACAAAAAUGCUCCUUGAAAUAUCCAAGGAACGCGCUCAUGUCAGGCGUGACCGGAUUCCUAGGCGCCUACCUUCUGUCUGAGCUUCUCGAGCAGACAAACGCUCAUGUAUGUUGCAUGGUCCGAGAAUCGACAGAGGCCAGGGGACUCGGUAGGAUCAUUGAAAAUCUCAGAAAGUACAACUUAUGGAAAGUUGAAUAUGGGAGUAGAAUCGCGGUAGUGAUAUCUGACUUAUCACAGGAAAAUCUCGGCAUAGCGCCAGAUAUUUACACGGCGCUAUGUAACGUCAUCGACGUUGUGUUCAUGAACGCCGCCAAGAUGAAUUUCAAUACUGGAUAUACCGACCACAAAGUUGCAAAUGUCGACAGCACAAAAGAAUUCAUCAAAUUCGCAGUCACGGGCACACAAAAAUACAUAUUCUCGACGUCAUCGCUCAGUGUGUUCCUCUUCCCCAAUAGUUCUUCCGGCACAACAUCAAUUAAUCGAAUGUGCUACGAAACCGAAUUCUGUGAUGACCCAUGCACGUUGGAGGGAGGUUAUGGUAAAAGUAAGUGGGCAAGUGAAAAAUUGAUCCUUCAAGCACUGGAGUUUCUGCCCGGUGGAGCUAUAUUCCGACCAGCCAGAAUAUCAGGGAGCUCAGUUGACGGUGCAGGUCCAAGAAACGAUCUAUUUGCGUCCACCUUGAUUGGUAUGGCACAGUUAGGGUCAUUCCCCGACAUGGAUUUUCCUUACGAUCUUACACCUGUGGAUUUUGUCGCCAAGGCAAUGGUUGAGAUCUCCCUGAGGAUAUGCAACGAAAGUGGUCAUCAUGAACAGGUGUAUCACUUAUUCAACUCUCAGACCAUUCCGUUUAGAGACAUUUUCAAAGGAAUGGGUCUGAAACCUCUCCCUCUCGAACAAUGGCGCCAAGAACUCCGGGAAGCCUCAGAUGACAAAGUGUUAAUCCCGUUCACUCCUUUUUUCCAUUCUGAGUUUUGGGACAAAGCACCUCACUGGCCAGUGUUCGAUACUUCAAACACGGAUAAGCUAACGACCGACGACACCAAGGAUCGCAUGAAAUCUUCAGGAGAACUCUUGUGCUUAUACAAAACCUAUUUCAGGCUCAACAGCUACACAGAAUAGAGGCACCUCCAUGCAUGACUCAGCCCAACAAUUCCAUUUCGUUUUAAUUUAAACUGAUUAUGAAUAGCUGCAGAGUAGCAACCAGUGAUAUUGUCUCUUCGGUUUUGAGUUAGUCAUCAUAAAAAAAUAAUAUAGACAGUGUUUAGAUGCGAUGCUUGUGGAAGCAGAGUAUAGUUUUAAUACUUUAGUCAUGGGUGUUUUUUGUUAAAAUAGUACCUUUAGAGAAUUCAUUGUCUGGAGAAAAUCAUUCUCUUUUAACAACGACAAUUAUGAAAAAAAAAUCGUCACAAUUGUCAUUUAGUUAGUUGGUUUAAAAAGAUUACCGCGAAUUUCGGGGUCAUCUUAAAAUACCAUCUUCGAACUUCCAGAGUAAACAUUUACAUUCUCUGCGACCCUGGGACAUGUCAUGACAAAACUGAAGGCUCUGUUUGCGUUACUCUGAUGAUAAUACAGUAGACUAGUUAGAUUCUUUGAUGUACAUCAAAACAUCGCGCCGCAGCAUAAAGGUAAAAUUUACCGGCUUUGAAAACGUGUCUUUUUAAUCGUCAUACGACAGAUAACAGCCUCGUGAUUGCUGAGUUUUAUUUCUCCCUUUCGAUUGAAGGGGAAAAUAUUCUUUUAGUAUAGGUUCUUCUAAUACUCUCUUGUCCGGGCCGUAACAUUUAAACUGUUAACAAUAGGUUGCAGUAUAAUUGUAUCCCCUCACAGAUAUGCACUUUCCAUAUAUCGCUGUAACCUUGGGUAGCAGAGUACAGUAGAAAUGGCCUAAAAAUAAAGGGCAUGUCUCAGAUAAACAUGGAUAGCGGAUUCAACCUGCA